UGAGUUACUUCUUCUUGGGUAGACAUGACCAUACUGUUUGUGGUUUUAAGAAUGUGCUUCCGACUUUUUAAAUAGCUCAACGAGAAAGCCACUCCAUAAAAUCCAACAUAUGCUAAUGAUUUCCCGUAAUGUGAAAAUUUAGUUACAGUGGUUUUAUCAUUUAUCAUUAGUUGGUCACUUUACUCUGGGCAAGGACUGCAGACAGGGGAUCAGAAAGUAGUAUAACCGUAACCUAUGAAAUGUUGUUUUUGUUGAAAAUAAUUAUAUUGAACUUGUCCAUAUACCUACUUCUGACAAAGGGUUAACUGCCCGCUCAGUGAAGUAUGAAAUUUGAGACAUUUUGCAUCAGAAAUUUGGUUGCACAUGUUGUGGCUCCACUUUCAGCAGCCAGCAACUUCCUUCUAUUUAUAGCAAUAUCACAGAGACAAAGUUUUCACUUCGUCUUUGUUACAUUCGUUCGCUGUCGUUGGACUAUGUCACAUUGUUGCAACAAUGAUUUGUUCAGCUACCAUCUGUGAUUCCUGGACCAUGUGCGCAAUGAGUCAGACAAAUCAUUUAAAAAAUAUGAGACCAUCAAAAUUUUAUUGACUGGAAUGAUCUUGGAGAGGCGUGACAAACAUGACAAUGCCGUUAACAACAUGCUUGGCUGGUUCCAAAAACUCUUGAAAUCAAGAGAAUCAUCAUCAACAUGUGAACAAGAAACCAAAGUGACAAAAAAUUCAUUGACUUCUGUUAGCAGUUUAUCAUCUUCAUUUACAUCAUCAUCCUGUUCUUCAUCAUCAUCACCAGGGACAACCCCCUCUAAACCACCACAGCUACAGUCUGCUCUGAGCUCAUCGCUGCGAUGGAGUCUAAAAUAUGAUGUGUUAGUGUGCCACAGCUUAGAGCCCAGUGACACUGAACAGGCUGUACGCCUGGUCUCUUUCCUGGAGGCCUCGCCCCGCAGCCUUCGGUGCUUUCUUUUGCACAGGGACAUCUGUCCAGGAGGUGCAUUUUCCACAGAAUUAUGUGAGGCUGUACAGAACAGCCACUUGAGGGCUCUGCUUAUCACUCCUAACUUCCUGCAGGAUGAUUGGUGCAUGUAUGUGAUGAACCAGGCUCUGGCAGAAGGGCAAAUGUUCAAUCGCAUACUUCCGCUGGUUCACAACUUGCCACACUCUCUGUACCCUCAGGAACUGAAGUUUUAUUUCUACAUCGACCUGAGCAAGAAUCCUGACCGAUGUUAUACUCUUGUCAACAAAACUGUGCUCAAGUACCUGCAAGACAUGGUUAAAAAUGAGAAGACACUUGAUUGCAACAUGGACAGCUCUAGCAGUGGAUUAAGUGGGGAGACCAGCUAAAAUCAAAGUAUGAUCUUGCUGAGACAAUUCCGCUGGACGUGAAAGAAGACAGAUGAAAGCUUCAAGGACGUUUGCUGUCAUCAAGGCAACAGUAAUUAAAGAAUGAGAUGAAGGGCAUGAGGCUCCAAAUGGAAAAACAAUGCUGCUAUUGACUGACUUCAACUUUAACCAACCUUUCAUCACAUUGUGUCAGUAAAAUGAAGCUACGGUUUUACUACUUAGACUUUUCUUCACUCUUUAUUUGUGCUUGAUCAAUAUUGGGUGUGGAUGUUCAUACAGUGAGCAGGAAACUACUCACUCCACUUAUUUUCUGUAACAUAUCCAGAGAAGUGCAAUGUACUUCUUUAGAUACAUAUUGUGAUCAUUUGUCUUGAUAGUCUCAUCUUGCAACCCACUCAGUUGAAUUGCACCCCAUCAUUUAAGUGUACAAUAAAGGGGACUAUAGCACCAUAAA